GGCCGCCCCUCUCCGCCCGCGGAGCUGACAUUUCGCAGGACGCGCUCCCGGGACCCCGCCGCCGGGAGGAGGGGGCGGAGGAGGGUGGAGACUGCGGGGCUCGGCCGAGGCGGGCGCGCGUCCUCGGGCGGGCGGCCGUGACGCGGCGGGGAUUAACUUUGCAUGAAUAAGGCGAGUGCGCCGGGGAAGCGGCCCUCCAGCUCCAGCGCUCGGGCAGCGCCCGCAGGCUGCCUCCCGCGGCGGGGGCGCCCCACCCGGCCGGCUCCAGCGCCCCGAUCUGCAGUCUCCCUCCCGCUGGCCGUCCUGCGUGGGUGCCAAGUUCCACACGGGGUCUCAUGGAUCGGCAGGAGAUGUCAGUGAAAAAGGGGGCGCAGAAUGAUUACUAACCCAUGACUCCCAACAGUAUGACAGAGAAUGGCCUUCCAGCCUGGGACAAGCCGAAGCCUUGUCCAGACGGCGAGCCGGAGUGGAAGCUCGUGGGAAUGUCUGAAGCCUGCCUGCAUCGGAAGAGCCACCCGGAGCGGCGCGGGCCCCUGAAACAUGAGCAGUCGCCCCUCAUCCAGGCCUCCUGGACGAGCUCCUUAUUCCAUCUGGACCACGACGACGUGAGCGAUCAGAGCGCGCCCAGCGCCCAGACCUUCCAGACGGAGGAGAAGAAGUGCAAAGGCUACAUCCCCAGUUACUUAGACAAGGACGAGCUGUGCGUCGUGUGCGGUGACAAAGCCACGGGCUACCACUACCGCUGCAUCACGUGCGAAGGCUGCAAGGGUUUCUUUAGAAGAACCAUUCAGAAAAAUCUCCAUCCAUCCUAUUCCUGUAAAUAUGAAGGAAAGUGUGUCAUAGACAAAGUCACAAGAAAUCAGUGCCAGGAAUGUCGCUUUAAAAAAUGCAUCUACGUUGGCAUGGCAACAGAUUUGGUCCUAGACGACAGCAAGCGUCUGGCCAAGAGGAAGCUCAUCGAGGAGAACCGGGAGAAGAGGCGGCGGGAGGAGCUGCAGAGAUCCAUGGGGCACAAGCCAGAGCCCACUGACCAGGAAUGGGAGCUCAUCAAGACUGUCACCGAGGCCCACGUGGCCACCAACGCCCAGGGCAGCCACUGGAAGCAGAAGCGGAAGUUCCUGCCCGAAGACAUUGGACAGGCGCCGAUAGUGAAUGCCCCAGAAGGUGGAAAGGUCGACCUGGAAGCCUUCAGCCAUUUCACAAAAAUCAUCACACCAGCGAUUACCAGAGUGGUGGAUUUUGCCAAAAAGUUGCCUAUGUUUUGUGAGCUGCCAUGUGAAGACCAGAUCAUCCUCCUUAAAGGCUGCUGCAUGGAGAUCAUGUCCCUCCGCGCAGCCGUGCGCUACGACCCGGAGAGUGAGACUUUGACCCUGAACGGGGAGAUGGCGGUGACGCGCGGCCAGCUGAAAAACGGGGGCCUCGGGGUGGUGUCUGACGCCAUCUUCGACCUGGGGAUGUCGCUGUCCUCUUUUAACCUGGACGACACUGAGGUCGCUCUCCUUCAGGCCGUCCUGCUGAUGUCUUCAGAUCGCCCAGGGCUUGCCUGCGUUGAGAGAAUAGAAAAAUACCAAGAUAGUUUCCUGCUGGCCUUUGAACACUAUAUCAAUUACCGAAAACACCACGUGACUCACUUUUGGCCAAAACUCCUGAUGAAGGUGACAGACCUGCGGAUGAUCGGAGCCUGCCAUGCCAGCCGCUUCCUGCACAUGAAGGUGGAAUGCCCCACGGAACUCUUUCCCCCGUUGUUCUUGGAAGUGUUUGAGGAUUAGACCGACUGACUCAUUCUCAUAAUUCCAACAGCACUACUGGGUAUCAUUUCAUUCCAUUGCCUAGCUCUUUUUUGUUUGUUCCUUUAUUUCUUUGUGUUGGGAGGGAUUGUUUUGGGGUAAAGGGAGGUAGUCCUUGGCAUAGACAUGGAUGAAAUUGCCCCUUGAAUGCGGGUACUUGCUAACUAUUGCAUUUUGUUCUCCAGUCCUUUGAUGUGAAUAUGCUUUGGAGGUUUUACAGUUGUGGAGGUGGGGUGGGGACAAUCAUUAAUUCACCAGCAUCAAGCCGUCACCAGCUCCCAUCUGUCCCUGGUCAGUGACUCGAGCAAGCAAAAUGGCACAGCAGGAAACUAAAGAAGACUUAAAACCAAGACAACGUAGUCAUCUUGAUCCAAUCCUGGUUUUUGCAGGGCUCGAAUUAGCACAGCACAGACAGCCUCUGAUGAGAUGUGGCUUUCAGCUUCCUAGGGAAAGUUCUGAACACGUUAUCUCUUCAAGAACAUGCUGUUUUCAGCACUCUGUUCUCUCCUAGCAGCCUAACCUGGAAUAUAUAAGGAUAUUUGUUUCCCCCAAAUUAGCUGUCCUUUCACUGUAAAUUUCAUAAUCCUGUGAUUUAAUUCGAGUUACACAAGGGUGUGACUCAAAGAUGUGCAGGUGUUUGACUGAUUGAGGCCAACAAGGAAAACAGUUUCCUUAAGUGAGCCCAAAGAAAUUCAAAAUCUUCACAGAUAUCAGUGACUCAGUGGUUUCCAAAAAUUUACAUAGUGUCACUUCAUAGUAAGAAGGCUUCUUACUGCUCAGAGGACACUCCCACAAAAAUCAAACCUACUUACAGAGUGAUGUCACUGUUCAGUGACAUCUGACCCUUCAUCUCUCAAAGUCCUCAAGUCAUUCAACCUGAUUGCAUCUCUGCUGAGCCGACAACAGAUUUCCCUGUGGAUUGACCUUCCAGUCAAGGAGUGGUAACAAGCUGAAAUGUUUCAGUCUUGUUCUGGGGAGAGACUAGUGACAUCACGUUCUCUGUUGAAGAAAAUGCAGGGCCUCAGAGCCUCCUCGCCCUGAUGCUAAGUUUCCCCUCUUCUGCUCUUGGAUCCUCGGGCUCUUUGCUCUAUUCACAAGUGUUUCCUAAUCUCCUUUCCCUCUGGCUCUGAGGCUUGACUACCACCAAACAAAGCCUGCUCCAGCCACUGACUCUCUCUGUCCUUCUGAUAGCAUUGCCCAGACAGAUACUCAGCAGAAAACAGCUGCAGACCACGCACACAAACCCUCACUCACCUUCCCCGCCCAGCCCACCUCCCCAGUGACCGCCACUGGAGCACUGUGUGCCCAGAAAGCAUAUGAUGCCCCUGGGUGCUUCAGUGUCAGAAGAUGGGCACAGAAUAUACCCAAGAAACUGAAUGUAUCUCACUCUUCACUGUCAUGGUAGACAUAAACUGUUCCUCUGCCUGCCUUGUACUGCCUUAUCCUGGAAGUGUUUGGGAAAAUAAGCCAUAUCAGUGAAACUUGCCUAAAAACCAUGUGGAUUCAUUCUUUUUUAACUGGCCCAGAAGUUGGGGUGCCUGAGUUCUAGUUUGUGCUCUCAAGUGGUAGAUUUGUGACCUUGAGUCAUGAACUCAAAAAUCCUUCCUGUCCUUAACACUGUACUAAUUUUAGGGGGUGAGAGAAUCAAGUUCUUUUGAUGGUUUCUUUCACAUUCUAAUUUCUAACUUUAUUAGAAAUGAUGACUCUCCUGACAGCUAAGGAAAAUAUAUUUGGUGUUGAUUCAAAAUAGGCGGUUGAUAUACGACAUAUCAGUUAUUUAGAGAAAGGCAGGGUAGAUUUGGGAGGAGGAGAGGAGUGGCAUUAAAAGUCCUGAGAGUGACCAGAAAUAAUCUGGGAGGAAAAUUACGUGUUUGAUGUGCUAAAGCAAUUACACAGGCUUCCAGGGAAAGAAACCAAGAGCGGUGCACUGGAACUUACUACCCAGAGAAAGGAAAUGGGUGAAGAGAAUAAAAUUAUCAACAUGAAGUUCAUGGGCAGAUUGCCUGCUUUGACUUCCCUCAGUUCAGUCGCUCAGUCCUGUCCGACUCUUUACGACCCCCAUGGACUGCAGCACGCCAGGCUUCCCUGUCCUACGGGCAGUUGUUUUGGUUUUGUUUUCUCCAGGUAGCCUCUAGCCAGUCCCCUCUGGUCCUCACUUUGUUACUGUCUCAGCUUCCUCUGUUGACUCUCUUUGGAUAACUGCUCUUUGAAAUAAAAGCGUUUUACCACCUCUGCUCCAGGAUAACUCCGAGAAGCUUUUCCGGGUGGGGCAGGUUUUUCCUUUGGAAGGGAAGGCAAGCAGGCAGGUUCUGGAAGCGCACAGACUCCUCAGGCAGUAGGCUCCCCAGGAAAGUCUCCUCAACGUGUUGAGAUUCCCCAGGGCAUCAGACAGCCCCAGAUUCAGUCCAAGUGCAGAGCCUGAUCUAAAGCCGCAUCGGAAUGCCUUAGGGAUUAACAUGAUUGGCCACUGGCCAAAUGGUUCAGCAGGUCUACAGCAACCCAGCCAGCCCCGACUAAAUGUGUGUUUGAUCCUUGGCCUCUUACAUGGUAGCCUUAAGCAGGCAAACUGCUGAUCUCAAAGUCUUGUCGAAGGCUGACUACUUCCUGCCGAGCAGACAAAGCUUCGAGGACUUCCGGUUUAAGGAAAGGCUGUCAAGACUGAAAGACUCACAACCCCGAUGGUCAGGGUGACUCAUUGCUUCUGUAAUUGACUGCGGUACUUACUGCAUCUCAAGACUCCAUCCUCUAAAACUCGAUUAGGAGGGACUUGCUCUGGAUUUCUUUUUUUUUUUUCUUUUUAACAUUUUUUCUUACGUCGUCCAGACUUUCAAAUCAAAUGUGGACUGACUGAAACCUUGCUCAGUGGGGAGACAUCCCAGAAGAGGAGAACACAGCCCACAACUGGGAUCUCUAUUUAUAAAUCACUCAAAUUUGGGGGGGUGAGUGGUGUCCAGUGUGUGUGUGUGUGUGUGUGUGUGUGUGCGCGUGAGUGUGUGUGUAGCCCUCAAGUGUACUUCACUCUUCAAUUAGAUGUGCCGUGUUGGUAGAAAUAGUGAAAAAAGUAAAGAUCUUUUCUUCUUUAUGAUUCUGCUCAAAACUCCACGUGCCGCCUCCGAGCUUUCCUCGUCCCGUGAGCCUCGGUCCUCAAGGAUACCCGCGCCGUGUUGCUGCCUCAGCCCGAGAGCCGCCUCUUCCGCCCACAGCAUGGCCGGCGCGCCCGGCCCCAGCGGGCACAGCCUCCGUGAACUGCACACGCCCUCGAAGCAUGUCACUGUCCGUGAUACAUUUUUAUUCUAUGGAACUCUAACCCAUUCGUGUCAUGUUGACCUUUGGCUGCAUGAGUCAUAAAAUAUGAAACUGGUCUUAUGGUUUUUGAAACGUAGCCAGCAUUUGUAAGGCUAAACCUUUUUCACAAACUGAGUUGAAUCACCACCAGGCCACCAUUCCUCUUCAGAAGGAGAGUGCUUAACAGACGUUUGAAUCUCUUUGCCCUUUCCGAUGGUUACCGCGUCAGGUUCCAAAAUAAGCUCGUCAUUUUUCCUGUUAUUUUAAUAAUAAGGAAAUAUUAGCAUAGUGUUUCUUUUGAUAGCGAUAGGUUAUAAUCCAUAUUUAAAUUUUAUAGAGGAGAAAUUUUAUUGUACUGUGAUGUAGAUAUUUAUUAUCCAGGUAAGGAUUUGCCCGGUGUGUAUUUUUUACAAUUGAAACACUUAACUUUAAUCUUAAAAAAAAAAAAAAAAAACUUUGAAAACACUCACACAGAGACACAAAAACAGACUAGGGGAAAAAAGGUUUGGCCUUAUCACGGAAUUUUUACUGUGCUGUACAAAUGUUUGCAAAUGCAAAAUGUGUGCAUUUCUAGUGUUUCUACAUUCAUUAACGCCGCCUUCAGGAGCAAUAUCGUGCAGGUAAAAUGCUGUUUGUGGCUUUCUGUGCACAGUUAAAGCUGACCCACCUUAUGCACAAGACAAUCAGAUAUAAAUCUGUCCUCCUCAGGAUGCAGAUAGGACGUUCCGGAGCACAACGUACGACAGAGGAAGACCCUUAGGUGACAGGCAACUUGCUGACACAGACGCUAGCAGGGCAUGAACAAGCUGACAUUAUGCCACUCCCCUUUUUUGGUUCUUCCUAAUUGACAUUUUUCAUUUGAUUAUAGAGCCAAAUUAGUUAUGAAGGCUUUCUUUGGAGAAAACACCUUUAUUCCCCCAUGAUGUUUUCAUGCCCUGAGAAUCAGAAAAAGACAACAGAACAGGGAAAGAUUUACAGUCAUCAGAAGAUUUGUGUUUUGCAAAUGGUGUUAACUGAUAUUGCUAGAUUGGUAAUAUUUUUUUCAGCCUAAAAUUCUAUUGAAAUCUGUGAUCAAAAUGUUUUAAACUAUCCAAAAAGAA